AUGAGCUCUCUUGAAGAUUCUCUACCCAUCAAGAGAGGGUUAUCGAAUCAUUACAAAGGUAAAUCAAAAUCGUUUGGGAAUUUAGGAGAGAUUGGGAGUGUAAAAGAAGUAGCCAAGCAAGAGAAUCCAUUGAAUAAGAGAAGAAGAUUACAGAUCUGUAACAAAUUAGCAAGAAGAUCGUUCUAUUCAUGGCAAAACCCUAAAUCAAUGCCUCUGUUACCAGUAAAUGAAGACGAAGAAGACGAUGAUGAAGAUCUGAAAUCUGGAUUUGAUGAUAAUAAAUCAAGUUCGAGCGAUGAAGAACGAGGAAAGAGAGGAGUUGUUGCGAGGAAACCAUCGUUUAGAAACAGAGCAUUCAAGUCUCGGAGUUGUUUUGCUCUCACAGAUCUACAGGAAGAAGAUGAUGAUGAUGAUCAAUAA